GGGACUCGAUGUGUGACCUUACUUUAUUGUUACAGUACGAUAUUUUUACAAUCAGUUAAGUAUGCUUUUAAUCUACAUAUUAAAGAUACAGUGUUAUAAACCACUUCAUACAUGGUUAGUAUCGUGAUCGUGCGUAUGUUUUUAUAAUCCCUUAUACAACGAUAAUCCUGCUGGUUGGUUAAGUUUACUGCUUAUUUAUUACUUUACUGGUACGAUCACUAAAACUGUAUCAGCCCUGCAGCCUGAUUGUUCAACUUCAAUUUCCAAUUAAACCUUAACCGGUCGUACCGGUAAUAUUAUAUUCACACCAGAUUAGCACACGUAUAGUUAAGCGAAGUUAUUGUAAGAUUAUUGCACAAAGAUUAGCCAUGAUCACUAGAGAGAGUGGGAGCUAAAUAGUACGCAUUAAAUACUGGUCGUCUUUACUGGUAAUCGAUGUCCUUAGCCGCGAGUGUUGCCAAUAUCUGCGGGGGCACAGAACCUGGUCACUGCACGGCUAGGAUGAUCGAUAUCCUUUAUCGCACACGUUACGCAUUCUAGAAGGAACAUUUAGCCGCUGCUUCUAUUCUCCCGCCGUGUACCGUUUCGGAAGGGGUUUUGGGAAUGUCUGGGUCCUCCCAAACCGCAAAACGAAUGUCCACUCGGUAGCACCGGCCGGGAGAAGUAAAAUGACGUAACUGAAGGUUUGUUUUUUGUUGGUUUAUGAUUAAUACGAAUGAAAUACAUUGCCAUGGGUAUGGUUAAUAAUGCUAAGUGUAUAGUGAGCGAUUGGAACACACACUCCGUAUUUCGAACACGUUGCCUGCCUUUUUUGGUUAAUAAACACACAAACACACAAAGCACGUUGCUACAUCUAAUAAUCAAUGUUGUUGCCUUAAGUUUAGCGUACUUCUACGCAAUUCUCUGUGUUUUUGCUGCCAGAUUUUAAUAUGUUUUCCCCUUUUUGCUCUUACAUUAUGCCACAGAAAUUAGCACACCGAUGACUUUUACAGCGAGACGAACGAUGACGAUAAGUAAACUGCAGAACUAGAGGGUUGCUGAUCACCCUGAACUGUACCGAUUAGGAUAUGUUUCAAAUCCUUUCCAAUAAACACUUACACACGCCCAGCUGACGAAGACGAACGACACAGAUCCGGUGCAGCCCAUCCGUACCGUACGGUCAGCGACACGCGACUAAAGGAUGACCGACAGAAACAGCGUCCCGAGCCGACCAUUCGGAAUCAACCCAUUCGGAUCGGGUCCGGCGUGGUCCAGCUUCAGCUGACCGAUACGCUGCAGCAGCUGUUCGGCCGAUGGUGGACGAUGGCUGUCGGUAUCAAGCAAUCCGGUCCGGCUGUUAGCGCGUUCCGAGGGGUCCGAGCGAAGGGUUGACGAAAAAUUUGGGGUUUGACCACAGGGAACCGGAUUCGUGGUUGGUAGCAAAUGUGCCGUAAAGAGGUUAAUAAAAGAAGAAUAUGGUGUAGAGUUCUGGACUUACUCGGCAUUUCCCGGAUGGAAGGACACCACUUUGAGUUUUACCGUUUUCCACUGUGGACAACCCAUUCUCUGGAGGCAUGUGAAGAGAUUUGAAGAAAAAAACGUUCUUUACUUCAGGUAGAAUACGACUAGCUGUAAUAAGGAAUUUCCACACCAAAAAAAAAAAAACUUUGUCCGUUAAAAUUAUUUACGGACUCUACAAUUACCUCUCCGUGUAACUGCCAACGUUCACAACUGCCAAUGGACACCGAGAGGCGUGCGCGAAAAAAAAACGCCACCAAAAACUCGAGCGGGAAACACACGUCCGUUAACGGUUGAAAUCUUUGCAUAAAUAAAACCUGCCAAAAAGCGUUGCACCGCUUGAACGGGGACCUUAGCGAAAUCUUGGAAAAUCCUUUUGGUCGUCUUACAAACAACGCACACACACGCGCGCAACCUAGACCAACGGUCGCUUGUAUAUUGCACAGCCAGUGUACAUGAACUUUUCGCGCGUUCGUGCGUUAAAAAGCAGCAGGAGCACGAGAGAAAGCACGAGCAGAAAAAUGGACGGGCCCAUUUUCCGGACGGGUGCGAUAGAGAGAGAGAGAGAGAGGACAUUUUCCGCCGAAAGAGUGUCCCGCAGGGCGUCUUGAAGAAGCCGAAAAAUUGAGCCGAAUAUUUUUCAAGGAACCUGCUGCGUCCGGGCGUGGGUGAGAGGGUUGUCUGUGUUCUUAUCCUGUUUCGUGCGCUAGGACGUUCGUUUCGUUUCGUUUCGGGGAACGCAUUAUGUACCCCACUCCACGUUUUUUUUGUGCUGGGUUGGAAAAGUGCGCGAAAGAAAAUAAGAAUAUGCUCCCCGAAGACGUGAUCCGUGAUUUAUUUUUGCGUGAGGUAAAUAUUUUCUUCAUGAUAAAAUGUCUUACGAAACCUUGGAGAAUGCAAAAAAAGCUGAUGAAAAAUUUAAAUAAAGUCUUAUUAAUAGUAAAAAAAAUAUCAAAGCUAUUAAAUGUAAACCUCAUGCUGUAACGGUUUUUUUAAACCUUCAUAUUCAAAAACUGCCCUCAUCCCUUAGCAACCGUACCAGCCUUCAUUUUCUUCGCUCGCGCGCUAUACAUAACCAGCGCUUACUUGGAUUUUGCUGGCGUUUUUUUUUUUGUAGAAGCAAAUGCCGCGAUUGGAUGUACCGCACCCAAUACGCACGCAAACGCAAACGUCGCGACGUUACCGUCACAGAAGGAAAGGAAAAAUCCGCGUACACCAUUACAACGCCAUCUUCCUUUUCGUUUCUGCUUUCGCCAAACCUUCGAUCCUUGCAGAGCAAACGAGUGAAAGAGACCGAGUGACGCGCACCAGGCAUCAAAAAAUCCUUCCCCAGCUAGAAGAGGCGCCAGUGCCGCGCAAAAGAAAUUCUUCCUGAAGACGGCAGCAACAACAAAAAAAAUCACACGCGCACCUCGCGAAGGAAAAACUUCGGAUAUCCGAAGAAAAAUCCCUCCGCAAUCCUUCCAGCGCAGCCUCCAGGAGAACCCUCCAGCAGCGUCGGGCAAACGUGCUGCCGAGCGAAGAAAAAGGCGGAGCUAGCAAGCUUUUAGCACAAGCGCUAAGAAAGGAUAUUAAGAACUGCGGAACACAUCUCGGGCGCUCCGAAGACGUUGAGCGGUGAUUCCUCGGGUCGGGUCGAGUUUUUAGUACAACUCGUCGCUGCAGGUAUGAGCGUAAGUCUUCGGGAUUCCCCUGUCUGUAACUUAAAGCCUUCCUCCUUUUUGCCCACCUCAAGCACUCCCUUUGCUAGGACAAACCGUGCAAAAGGAAAGGGGUUUUUCUUGAACCGUGAACCGUUAGAGGAAUUCUCGUACCUCGGCAACCCAACCACCAGUGCGCGAUAUACAUAAGCCCCUACCCUAGUGAGCUAAAGUGGGACUUUUAAAAUUUAAAAGGAUUUUCCCGCGACCUCUACGGGUUUCGGGUUGGGUCUUUCAUUCGCGCGUUCCUGCUCAAGCAUACGCAACACGCUUCGUUCCACGAGUGCGUAAGCAUUUUAAAAGGAUUCCCCUUGGUGUGUGUGUGUGUUCGGUGAAAGUCAUCGUUUGGUUAAAAAUUUAAAUCACCCCGUCAACUUUGCCCUUACCGUCCGUAAAACCGGUAACCUACGAACGCCGAGCAGGAAUGCACGCACCAGUCUGGUACGAGAUUUACUCCAGUCAGCAUAACCUCCGUACGGUGGACGGAUAUAGUACGCGGCACGGUAUCUUCACCACUUUGCGGUGUGUCGUCCCCUGCAACACGUGGUUUCUCCGGUACGUCCGGGUGGCGAUUGAUGACUUCCGGUUUAUCCACCGAAAAGUUGCAGCGAAAUUGCCACCAGUCUGGACAGUUUGGUAGGAACGGGCCAGGACCUUGGCUUCGGCUUAACGCAAAGAACCAGGACUCAAUCGUCGAAUCGUCGGUGUCGUUCGUCCUUCCCCGAGGAAGCACGUGCCUGACCGUGUGUGUGUGUGUCCGGUUAUCCUUGUGUUAGUGGUAUCCCGGUGUGAACGAUUUAAAAGUGUGUGAAGUGAAAGUGGUCACUCUCGGUCAGAUCAAUCAACGGACCAGCCAUCGGGGCUCGAGGUCGAGGUCAACGUGUCUGAGUUGGGCUACUAGCUCAUAGUUUCCUCGAAGAAUAAACUUUCCGUCCGUAGUUAAAGGGCUACCGAUUUCAACCACCUGGUGUACCAGUGGCACAGUGAAGGAACGAUGUCCACGUUUUUCACCACCAACCGGCACGGGUACAGUGUGCGGUUUUCGCCCUUCAACCCGGAUCAGUUCGUCGUGGCAUCGAGCCAGUUCUAUGGGCUGGCCGGCGGUGGCACACUGUACUUUCUCGAGCUGACACCGGACGGUUGCGGUAUCGUCGAGAAGCGUACGCAUCACUGGACCGACGGAUUGUUUGACGUGACGUGGUCCGAAUCGAACCCGGAAAUCAUCGUGUCCGGUUCGGGCGAUGGUAGCGUUCAGCUGUGGAACACCAACCUGUCCAGCAACAAUGGGCCACCGUCGAUGGUGUACCGGGAGCACAAGAAGGAAAUCUACAGCGUGGACUGGAGCAAGGUACCGUACGAGCAGCUGUUCAUCAGUGCCAGCUGGGACAGUACGGUGAAGAUAUGGGACCCGAUCCGGAACAAUUCGCUCAGCACGUACAUCGGCCAUACGCAGCUGGUGUACAAUGCGGUGUUUGCGGCCCACAUCCCGAACACGUUCGCGAGCGUCAGUGGCGAUGGGUUCCUGAAGAUUUGGGACAUCCUUUGCUACGAUCUACCGAUCGCAAGCAUUAAGGCGCACGAUGGAGAGGUUCUGACGGUGGAUUGGUGCAAGCACGAUUCGAACAUCCUGGCGACGGGUGCAUCGGACGGGUUGAUACGCAUAUGGGACCUGAGAAACUUCGGCGUACCGAUCACGGAACUGAAGGGCAACGAGUUUGCCGUAAGAAAAGUACAAUUUUCACCCCAUAAUUUCUCCGUGCUGGCUAGCGUGGGAUACGACUUUACUACCAGAAUAUGGGACUUCAAGAAGAGCAAUGAAGCUCUGGAAACGAUCAAACAUCAUUCGGAGUUUACGUACGGGCUGGAUUGGAACAGGCGCCGCCGGAACCAGCUGGCCGAUUGUGGCUGGGACUCGCUAGUGCACGUCUUCAAGCCGGAUUGCCUUUCGGAUAAGAUUUAAGCGUGCCAUACGCGCAACAGUUCCUUUCAGUAUGGUUGGCUUCGAGUGCUAGCUAGCUAGUAAGGUAUCAUACGUGUGAUCGAUGUACCCUGAUUAUAGUCCCUUGAUGAAGCACAGCACACCCCGUGAAAAAGGUCCACCACUGGGCAGUACGUACAACAAAAGCGCAAGCCACAAAAAUUGCAUUUCGGCCAACGUGGAAGGUGGAAAAAUUGUGAUUUAGAUGAUAAGUAGACCAAAACCAACCAGUUCCCGAAAUGAUGGUGCGGGCGCCGCACAGACAGUCGUCACAUUUAAAUUUAACCAUUUGUACAGACAGUUGAAGUUGGCGGCAGAGGGACACCGCCGUCCGCAAAACGAACGGGAGUUGGUGUAAAAUUUAUGUUUCGAUGUACAGUUGUAAUCAAAAGUCGGUGAUGGUAGUUGAAGGUAAACGAUACUCUUACAUAUGGUGCAGGGUUAAAAGGAAGUAUGGAAGGGAAGCAGUGGCAACCGGUUAGGAGAUUUAGCGCGGUGUCGCACAUCGAUGGUAGUUUAUAUUAAACUUUAACUGUUUAUAUUAUUAUUUAUUAUUCUUCGUUGAAGAAUCGUUAGCUUGGUUUAAUGGUUUUGUUUUCUUUUUCUCGCUCCUUUUCACAACGCUCUUGGUACACGUUAGGAGGAAGUAGCUUCUUGAUUUUCGGUGCAAACAUUGUUUUAGGCUAAUGGAUUAUCGUUCUGGAUGUAACAAGAAAAGAAACAUUGUGUAAGUAAAAAGAUAGAUAAAAUUGUGAAGAACCAAA